CCUUCAUGCUUGUAAGCCUUAAGCUACCUAAAAGGUUAUGUGAUUUAAUCUCCUAUUCAGCUGAGGGAGGAGCUGUUUGGUAACAGUCCUGGGUAAUGUUCUCUAGCUUUGCUCCUGCCCAGCUGCUGAGCAAGUUUCAGCCCUGUGAGCCAUCCCCCCAGCACCUGUGAUGCUCAAUCUUUAAUGCCCACUUUGUCUUCUGGACCUGCACAGAAUAAGGCUAUUCCUUCUUGUUGAGAGGUAGCUCAUACUUUGCUCUCUGAAUAUUCUUCCUCCUGGUGUCCCCGAACAUAUAACUGUGUAGUUUCUGGGAGAUUUGGCAGGAGGCUUCUUGAGAGGUAUAGUGGCCAGGUGACUCCCGAAGGCCAAGGUUAGUGCCAUUGACCUUUGCAAUACCCUACCUGGCUCCCCACCUGCGGAAGCUUACCUUGGACUGACGGGAUGAUUAUAAUAAAGCACUGAUACAGUUUUGAGUAUUCGAGGAGCCCAGGAAGAGGAGCCCACAGACCCCCAGCUGAUGCGACUGGACAACAUGCUCUUAGCGGAAGGGGUGGCGGGGCCGGAGAAGGGCGGAGGAUCGGCUGCAGCAGCUGCAGCGGCGGCGGCUUCCGGAGGGGCAGGUUCCGACAACUCAGUGGAGCAUUCCGAUUACAGAGCCAAACUCUCACAGAUCAGACAAAUCUACCACACGGAGCUGGAGAAAUACGAGCAGGCAUGCAACGAGUUCACCACUCACGUGAUGAACCUCCUGCGAGAGCAGAGCCGGACCCGGCCCAUCUCCCCGAAGGAGAUCGAGCGGAUGGUGAGCAUCAUCCACCGCAAGUUCAGCUCCAUCCAGAUGCAGCUCAAGCAGAGCACGUGCGAGGCCGUCAUGAUCCUGCGUUCCCGGUUUCUGGAUGCGCGGCGGAAGAGACGGAAUUUCAACAAGCAAGCGACGGAAAUCCUGAAUGAAUAUUUCUAUUCCCAUCUCAGCAACCCUUACCCCAGUGAGGAAGCCAAAGAGGAGUUAGCCAAGAAGUGCGGCAUCACAGUCUCCCAGGUAUCAAACUGGUUUGGAAAUAAGCGAAUCCGGUACAAGAAGAACAUAGGUAAAUUUCAAGAGGAAGCCAAUAUUUAUGCUGCCAAAACGGCUGUCACUGCCACCAAUGUGUCAGCCCAUGGAAGCCAAGCUAACUCACCCUCAACUCCCAACUCAGCGGGUUCUUCCAGUUCUUUUAACAUGUCAAACUCUGGAGAUUUGUUCAUGAGCGUGCAGUCACUCAAUGGGGAUUCUUACCAAGGGGCCCAGGUUGGAGCCAACGUGCAAUCACAGGUGGAUACCCUUCGCCAUGUUAUCAGCCAGACAGGAGGAUACAAUGACGGACUCGCAGCCAGUCAGAUGUACAGUCCGCAGGGCAUCAGUGCUAAUGGAGGUUGGCAGGAUGCUACUACCCCUUCAUCAGUGACCUCCCCUACAGAAGGCCCUGGCAGUGUUCACUCUGAUACCUCCAACUGAUCUCCCAGCAAUCGCAUCCCGGCUGACCCCGCGCCCCCGUUGGGGCAGGGGCAGGAGGGAGGGUUUCUCUCCCAACGCUGAAGCGGUCAGACUGGAGGUCGAAGCGAUCAGCAAACACAAUAAGAGUCUCCUUCUCUUCUCUUCUUUGGGAUGCUAUUUCAGCCAAUCUGGACACUUCUUUAUACUCUCUUCCCUUUUUUUUUUUUUUUUUUCUGGGUAGAAGCCACCCCUCCCUGCCUCCAGCUGUCAGCCUGGUUCCCGUCAUCUUCCCUUUGCCUUUGUCCUAGACUCCCGGGCCCCCCCCCUGCCCUCUAUGACAUCACUGAAGGAUAUUUUCAACCAUUAGAGGAAUUUAAAGAGGAAAAAAAAAAUGACGAAGAAAAUAAUAAACGUGUUUGUAUGUUUUCAUGCUGGUGGUUUGAGGAGCCAGAUUUACCUCACUCGAUCCCUCGCUCCCUCUGCUGACAGACAGCCCUUCUCUGCUUCUCUUGCUACUCUCACUACCUCUUAGCAGGAACACGCCACACUGCCCUGCUCUUUCCGGGCCCCCUGCCUCCUCUUCCUCUUCCUCCCUGGGGACAACACCGAUUGGAACGCUUUCCUCUUCCUUCCCGGCCCCCGGUGCCCACUGGGGGCCGCCGUAGCUAGGCUUCCGAAGGCGCCACGUUCUCUGGCUUUCAGCUCCGCAGCGUUGGUUGAUUCCCAGGCAGGAGGUCAGGCAGCCGGGAGGGCGCGGGCACAGCACGGGCAGGAUCGCUCCAGGCUUUGUCAUACCCCCCAGAACAGCGGCUCUCCGUGUCGGAAGCGCAGUCUUUGGACACCGUUCGACACUCAGUAAGCAACGUUUAGAACUCAUCACAGAACCAGGCCUGAGGUAGGCAUGGUGACGAAUGCGUCACCAAGCACGAGGUUGUUCUCCCGAAACCCUUCGACUUUCCCCUCACACACACGCACGUGCAUAUCAGGCACACGCCCGGUCUGACCCCUUCACGCUCCCCAGAUGCCAUUUACAAAUACUUGCGUUAGUAACCCAGGCAUAGACCUUAUGAGCCCAAGACAGGGAAUUAGCGACUCUUGAGUGAAGGUCACCGUUGUGUCCGGGCUUCCGGGACCUGCAGGCCCGAUAGCAUGCGCUUACACUUAAUGACAUGCACAGGACCUGAUCGUGACAAAGGCCAGGUUUGCCCGUGUCACCUCUUCUUGUUCCCACCACCUCUGUGUGCUCAGGCAGCCACGCACGGUACUUGCAAUGUCUGUAAAGGACUCGGAUCUGUUGCAUUUGUGGUUUCAUAUUAGGCACAUAGUCUUGAUUACCCAAAGUGUCACACCGCACCCCCAUGUUCUUGACCCUGACGUAUUGCUCUGGAGGGGAGUUGUCCAAGAACGUGACUCGUGUGAACUUUUUGGUGGCUUAAUCUGGAGACUUAAAAGGCAUUGGGGAAAGGCGGGAAGGAUGUUUACCUUGAAAUCAUCAGUGACUUUUAUUCCUUGGGGACAUCUAAGAGAGAGUACUAGAAAGCUAUUCUGGAAUGUCACCUGAGCUCACCAUCUUCAGAGCCGGCCCUACCAGCAAUAAAGAUGGCAGCUCUGUCGGUUGAUCAAGUGGCGGGGUGGUCAGCUCUCCUGAUGCCUCAUUUUCUUCAUUUGUAAAAUGGGGAUUGUUAUGCCUGCCUCACCAAGAGGCUUGUGAGAGACGGGAGAGAGUGAUUUCAUUCAUAGCCAGUCUGCAAAUGGGAAGUCAGGGAAAGUAACACCCCCGAGAUAGACUGUGGUUCAAGCCAUGUAGGGACAAUAAAUGUCCGUCCUGUUCUAACUUCUGGUUACCCUCGGUACUCUGAUGCCAUCACCAUGAUGACAAAGAGAAGAGUUAUUGUUGGUUUUUCUUAGUUUUGCUGUGUUUGGUUUCUUAGGGUAGAGAAAAGCUCCCAAUCUAGAAAAAUAGGACCUGGUUCUCUUAGUUUGUACUUGAACCCAACACGUGGCCUUGCACGUACUUGGUUCCUGUCUCAUCUCCUCUACUUGGGAGGCUUCCAGGGAGAAGUACAAGACCCUGAGGGGUGAGGAUGGCUAGCUGACAAGGGCGUGGAAAUUGUGCAUAGCAGUGCAGUAGUGAAUGGAAGACGCUCCUCUCUGUGUGCUCUCAGCGGCCCGGGACGCUACCUAAGAAACUCAAAGGCUAUGUGUAUUUGCAGGAAAUGCAAAAAGUAAAUAUCUGGCAAAAUGAGAUUAUGCCUUGAUGACUAAGGCCGUGUCUACUAAUCUGUGCCGUAAUCAGAACAGAGCUAGAUAAACAGGGUGCCUGGAAGGAGUGUCUUUGUGACUGCCCACAUAGGACCAUGGCUGGAUCGCAUCUCCUUGACUUGGGGCAAAGAAUGAAAGAGAUAACUAAUCCGAAAGGGUUCUCUUGGCAACAAGAAGUCUGACUCCAGAUUUGGCUUGAACGGUUGCCGUGUUAAGUGCAUGCGAAAGCUCAAGAGCAGUGCUACGUUUGCACAGGCAGUUUCUCUGCAGGCAGCAGUUUGCACUGGCGCCCACUCUCACAGCAUCUUCCCCACCCAGCACUUCAGUCCGUCCUCUCUGUACCCAAUUCUUUCCCCACAGACUCCCCCCAGGCCCACUGCCACCUCCGGCGUGGCAGCCGUGGGGUCCCUCCGAGUUAAGCCAAGCACGAGAACACUGAGAGGGGCGGGACAGGUCUGGAAAGAGCAUGCCUCUGGGAAUUCAGACUAAGUCAGUCCCACAGAUACCAGGAUCCCUUCAUUGUCUAAUGGAAGUGGGAGUGCUCCGUUUUCCCCGAAAGCAAAUUUCCCUGGAGAAGCGAUAGCAGACCUUGGGUUUGCCCACCUUGUAACUCUUCAUUAUCUCCCCCUUUUCACCCCCAACUUCCCCCCCGUGAUGUGGAAUUGACUCCCACACAAUCUUCUGCCACGUGGCGCCUUCUUUGCAGUUUCGUUUUUAUUUUGCUGUGGUGGUCGUUCUUUAUUUGCUGGUUGCCUUUUCUCACACAUAUCUUGUUUCCCCUCUUUGCUUCUGCUUUCUGUUUUUCUGCCCAGAAAAACCUGACUUCGAUACCAAAAAAGAUGAAACUACAGAAACUCAAAUUUAAAAAAAAACUUUAAAAAAAACCCCAAAAAAAUACUCAACGAUUCUUUCAGCUUUAUUAACAUUUUCCAUUGUUUCUUGCGACUUGUGUCUCGUUCUUUGUAGUAUUGAUGAUGAACAUUUGAUAAUGAAUGUUCUUGUAUAUUCAGAUAAAGGAGAAAAAAAAAAACCAAAAAAGCGGUCUGAAUUUAAUAGUGUUUAUAAUAAAAAUUUUAAAAAUGACCCUCAUAGCACGCAAAACAGGAUGGGGAGUUUCCCUCUUCUUUCUGUGACAAUGAGCAUCAUUCCUGCAUUAGUUUUUAACACCAAACUACCUACAUUCAUCAUUUCCCCCAUUUUUCUUUUAUUUUCUUGCAUUUGUGAAUUAGUUCAAGAAUGCUAGAAAAGUGUCGAGUUGUGCACAUCCAUUUCUUGUUUCACAAUGUUUAAAAGUGACAGUAAUUCAUUUUGUAAACUUAAAAAAAAAAGGUUGGAAUAGUGAGCAUAAUAGGUACAACCUAACACGUUGUUAUGUUUAUUAACUUUGAGACCCGGAAAUAAAUUCUUUUCUUUUCUUUAUUCUUAAUCUUAAAAAUACAAAAAAAAAAUUAUGUUUUCUUUUGUGUUAUUUUUGGUUUGUUUAUUUGAGGGGGGGGGCUUUUUUAAUUGUCAGGAUUAUUAUCUUGCUGUUUUUCUUCCUUUAAUAUGUAUAUGAGGUGAUGUGAAAAGAUGACAUUGAUAGCGUAGGCUGUUUUCUUGUUCUGCUUUGCUUCCGAAUUCAGUUGACCAGUUGACGUCAAAAGCGGAGGUAAAGCCCCUAUUGUUUCAUUGCUCACCUGCAUUUCCAAAGUGUGUGGCACGCCUGAAGUCCCUGAGAAAAAUAAAAUCAGGGGCUUGCUUUUCCCUGCAGCCCUUUAAAAUUUCAAGAAAUGGGUCCAGGAGAACUUUUUAUAGUAUAGGGAAAGGUUUUUGCCUUUGUUCAUUCUGAAUGUCACUACUAAGUGCUUUCUUUUCUUUCUCCCUGGUUAAUAACAACAUUCCAUGAGGCCUCUUCCAACUACAGAGGAUUUUUCUUCCAGAAGAAUUCCGUGGCAGAUACUAGUAUGAUGGACACCAAUGGCUAAGUAGACUAGAUCCAGGAAGCAGUCCCUGAGGCUGGUCUGCCUGCUUAUCCCUUGAGUCCUGAUUUUGUAUGAAGAGUUGGUGAGAUACUGCGUUUUAAUGCUGUAGUUUUAAUGCUAAGAGGUUAAGUUUGCUUUACUGACAGUACACCUUUUAUUAACCUCUGAUUUAGGCAGCUGCUUAAAGCAAAUCGCAAAACUGGCAUGAUUCGGAAUGUUUUUAUUAGUUAGAGAAAAAAAGAAAGCCAUGUUAUCUGGAAGAAACUUAAUUUUAAACAUCUCUCAUCCAACAAAUGAAGUUCAGAAAGCAGCCAGAACUUAAGGGAAAAAAAGUGAAGUAAGAAUGCAGAAUUAUUGGAGCAAUACUUUAGGAAAUAUUUCUAUCCGGAAACUUGUGCUCUUGUGUUUAAGUCAUAAUAAAAUAAUGACGAGCUUUUCACAUCACCUUUGUGGUUUCAAUCCCUAAGCUCAAAGCCUUCUGGAAUCUUUCAUUUUUUUGUAAACUUUUUUUUUUCUUUUGUUAAAAUAAAUAAAACAUUCAAUGUUUUCCCCCCUUUUCUCUCAUUACUUCUUUUCUUUCCUUUGGCAUUUUCAUUUUGAAAUGCUUUCCUUUGGUUGUUGCUUUUAUUCUCCCCCUCCCCCUCCCCUUUUCUUAUUAUUCAGAGUAUAAACCUGCAAAGCUCUGCUCUGUUUUUGGUUUUGAAAGUUUAAGCUUUUCUGCUUCUGUGAGAGCACAGGCUUCUUCUGUCCCUUUUGAUUCCAACUGAACUUUUGUGUUCUCUAAUGAUACUAACACGGUGUAGGUUUUACAGUCUCCUAAUUUGUACUGGUAAUGCAUAUUCCAAAUAAAUAGUUUCUUUUGUUGCAAAAAAAAAAAA